UAUGUUCGGCAAGAAGGUUUCAGGAAGGUAAAUGUCCAAAACAUAAGAUCUAUUUAAAUGAUGUAAAAGUAAAUUAUAAAAAUUUCUCGAUAUACCAAAAUGUGAGUGAUCUUCAAUAUUUGCACUAUGAGAACAGUUUCGAUUUGGUAAUAUGUAACGAGCAUAAAGAGGACGUUACAUAUGAAACAUAUAUAGAGCAUGAUGAACUAAUUACACAAUACAAGGAUUUCGAUGCAUACAAAACAUCGGGUAAACAAAGAAUAGGAAAAAUAAGGAAUGCAAAUGUGCUCGGAAAGGUGCAAAUGCAUAUUAAUCAUACAU